AUGGUGGUUUAUCCACAAGAGGACCCUUGGUCCUCUACCACCGUGCGGAUUCCUGCUCUCCAGACUGAUCCACCAUGUGAUCCAUCGCAUCGGGCAGAUCCCUCAUCAGUGCCUCUUCCUCCUUCACCACCAGCGUCGCCAUCAGCGACCAUGCCCUCCGAUGUUCCUCUGAUAGAACCAGUGGAACAGAGCGUGGGGCCAGGUGAGUUGGGUGGCUCGGCCCGUUCCAGUCCCAAAUUCAUGGCCAAAUCUCCUGGAGAAGACUCCCCGCAUCCAAAUAUUCCCGCGAUUCCCACGGCUACUAGAGAUGAAGGGCCCCAUGUCUCUUUCGAAGACUUCUCCAUGCGAUUCCGACAAAGCCAACGCAAACAAAUCCAAAGGAAGCGACUGGAAAAGCGACUGCGCGCCACCAAGGUCUCCAUCGGUGUUUCUGCGCGCAUAAUCCGGAUCGGCAAUACAGUCCAGCGCGGUCUGGUCGAAGCUCUCAAACAUGAUGAUAAGGCCAGUUUUGCCGCUCUAUAUCAUACACUCUAUGAUCUUCAGGAGUCGUGUACAUCCAGUGCACGGCGUGAUGACCGAGAUGAAUCGCUGGACGAACAGGAACAAUCCUCGGAGCCUGAAUUGGAUCGCUCCUCGGACCUCUUUAACCAACUAAGCCCUCAAUCCCGGGCGGACUUGCUGGAGAUCUUACGGCUGGUUCGUUCUGAUCCACAGUUCCUGGUCGACCGUCUCCGCAGCUUCACCUCAUCACAACUGGCCUCUUUUACCAACGCAGCCACUGCUUUGGACGCCGGAGACCCUGCAUUUCCGUCUUCUUCGUCUUCUUCCUCCCGUUCCUUCCGAGGUCAAUAUGCCUUUAAUCGAAAUCCAACCCAAUCAGCCUCGUUCAAGGACCAUGCGUAUGCUUUUGAAAGGACCAAUCCGCUUUCCAUCUUGCUUUCUAACGUUUAUGCCGCCCCUUUGGAGUCCGGGACACCGGAUUUUACAUUACGGCUGGACAUGUGGUCUUCUGUCUGCGCUCAACUAAUGUCCCAAGGUAGCAGUAAAUUCUACCCUCUCAUUGGGCAAAUUUUGUCUGCAUGGGCCACCGGCAGCAACUGGAAAGCCCGUCCCAAGUUCGAACUCUACCUUAUGGAUAUCCUGCAGACCGGCGCUUUCCUUUUGGAGCAUAUAGAUACCCCUGCCGGUUUGGACUUUGCUGCCGAGGCUCUGGAUCCCCUUCGAACCGAUGUCGCCGAGGAAUUCUUUGCUUCUGCCGUGGAUGACCUAUUCCGUGUUCUCGAUGAUCCCGAUGGUGGUUUUCCUUCUACAGUUCUCCAGUUUACUAAAGCUGUGCUUUGUAAAUUGGACAAUCUUGACAGCCGCAGUCGUUUCCUUGAGUAUCUUUUUGUUCAGUGGUUCUUCCCAAAGUUCCUCUAUAGCGCCUUAACGUAUCCAGAGGCACACGGUUUGUUGCUCGAUUUUCAUAUUCGAAAAGAUGCUCGUGAGAAGCUGCUUGGGCAGGUUGGGCUGAGGGCCUAUUCUCAAGUCUUCGCUGUCUUACGUUCUAUGAACCAUUUUUCCAUUCUUCGGCCAUCCAUCAAACGGCGUGUUGAUAGCAUGAUUUCACGCCUCCAACCCCCUUCGUCUACCGAACUCCCAGCGAUGGAUUUUCUGACACCAUCCCUGGGGAAUAACUCGUCGACGUUUCUUUUGCUUUCUGCCAGUGACAUACUUACACUACUAGACGCUCUUUUCCCACGCUCGUCAUCCACAUUACACUCUCCCCAAGAUUCAGCAGGUUUCUCCUCUUGGGCUUCAAGUCUAUCACCCACCUAUAACAUUCGCCCAGACUCAUAUUAUGAACCUGGUUUCUUCCGGUCGCCCCAUGAUGCAGACAAACGCCCCAUCUCUCGAGGUAGCUCUGUAUUUUCCAUGGAGACUUCUUCUAUGUCUGCCCCCGAGAGUAGAAUCGGUCAGACUGCCGCACGGAUACGCUUCGAGUUGUCUGAUUCGGACGAAUCAACCGAGCGCCCACGGUUGGAAGCUCCUUCGGAUGAGCAUUGGACGAUUUUCUCGGUCGCUCAGGAUGGUCGUGGUCUCACAUGGAGCCUACUUCCGGACUGUGGAUCACGAAGAACCUCUGUCAUUGAAAGUGAUGAUGACGCCCAGUCUACAAGUCUUGGCCUAGAAGAAAAUUAUGAGGCACUCCAGACAGCCAUAAUUCGACUUGUUCAAGAAGAUCAAGUCUAUGAUUCGGAUGACAUCAGCCGCGAUUCAAGUUCUUUCCAGACUUUAUCAAAAUCGCUGAAGCAACGCUUCAACCAAGCCAUGGCUUCUUCUCACCACUGUUCUAAUUUUGUGGGUGCACACUAUUGGUGGAAUGCCUCACGCCAACUUCGACAAGGCAAUACUGUUGACUCCUCGCCUAUGGGAGAUGAUUCAUGGAUUCUCGGCCCAAUGCACAGCUCAUGUAGUCGUUCCCUGACCAGAUCCCGCGCUGUCAUCGAUCGCUGUGAAGGUGAUUUCGUGUCACUGGGCAAAAACCUCCGCUGUCUACAAACACAUGUCAAGAGCUUGAUGACCACUAUCUCCAAACUUCGCAAUAAAAUGUGGUACAUGACCGAUGUCAAGAAUUCCAUGAGGUAUGAAGAAGCUCGUCAUGUGGCCAUGGCUCUGAAGACCAUGAUCUACUCCUCUCGCCCCUACUUCGAUAUGCCUGAGGAACCGCGCUCUCGUACCGGGGCCCGUUCAUUAGGGGGAUCCCUAUUCCAAAAGCCUGAAGUGCAAGUGAUGAACAUGAUGAAAGCACCAAGUAGUCAGGGUGGCCCAAAGAAAUUAUCAGAUGAGCAGGUGGAACUCACCCGCAAGUGGCUGGCCCACAACGCAAUUGAUAAUUUCUGCAAAGGCGAAGAACGCAUCCACAGAUUCUGUUAUGAGGUUCGAACAAGUAUCAGUCGCCUCGUUGGCGAGACCAUGGCAGAAACUCCUGUUCUGUGGGCCAGCGAGUUAUUUCAAAGAGAGCGAGUAAGGUAUGAGGGCUAUGGCAAUCAUUCGUUCCCAGGGUUGUCCGUGCCGACAACGCCUCGGCCUUCGACUACCGCAAGUGAGGACCCGAUGCAUACCAGUCAAUUAUAUGGAAGCAACAUACAUAUGCCCGAGUUCACGCCACGGUUCUCCCAUGAAACCCCGUUCAUGGGGCGAAGACCGUCCGUCCAGAGCAUUGGUUCGGAUAAAACUCGCCCUGCUCGUGACCUUCCUUCCAUCGAUAUAUCAUCCAUCGCGGGCUCUCCUGGUCGUGCAGCAUCAACAUCGACUGGCGAUACUUGCAGCACUUUUUGGUCCGCACCGCAGCGCCACCCUAUGUAUGCUAAUAGCGUAUCAAGUGUGUACUCACGACCACCUUCAAUGUUCAGUGAAACUGCAACUCGACAAACUCGCCGCUCUGAACGCAAGACAGUGGGGAAAUCGGCAUUCAUGGACGACUUGCGGCAAACCUUAACCAGUCUACUUCUCAGCGAUCUAGGCUCUCCAGUUUGGAGCUGUGGCAGUGAAACAGAUGCCUGGUUCACCAACAAACUCGAUGAAACGCGUGUUAGAGUACAGAUGCAGAGGCACGCCGCCGUUGAGAAAUUUUGGGCGGAUUACGAAGAACGCUCAAAAGGUGCCAAGCAACACCGCCAGACAAAGGGCGGACGACGGAGCAUAUCUCUCGAGCCUCCUGUUUCUCGCCGCAAGAGUUCGCCGAGCGAUGAAUCCCCUUCUAGUCGAGACCAAGAAUCGAAUCAAGAUGACGAAUCGGCUUUUUCAUACAAGGCAGUCUUCCAUCGUUUGAUCGAAGUUUUCUCUCGCCAUGGAAAUCCUUUUGUCAAACUCAAUGCUCUCCGAGACCUAAGGUCCCUAGUCGUCGCCUCUCUCAUCUCGUCCCAUGAUGCCAAUUUGGCAGGUACUUCUAGCAACAUAUACUCUAGCGGUGCCGAUCGUUUACAGGGUCCCCGCCAACCGCGACCCCGAGCUACCCGUCACAGCUUCUCGGAGAUGCGACCAGCAGGGCUGGCUUCCAUGGAUCCAGAAGCUCCUAUCACCUCAGUCGAUUCAGUCACCUGCGAGUCGCGUCCAUCGGACUACUGUCCACCAUCUGAGGAUGAGAUCGUGGCUACCUUACGUGACCUGAUUCUAGAAGUCAAGCCGAAGACUCUCUUCCGGGACUUGCAGUUUAUUUCUGCCUUUGUUCCCAGCGACCAUUUGAGCAAAACCGACCGGGGCACAGCGUUCCUUCAAUUUGGCCUCGCUGCUCUGAGUCUCAAGGACGAGGUCUGCAAUGCCAUGGUCGAAAUUGCGGACCGUAUUGUAUCUCAAGAGCUCAUGUGCCGACACCCGCUUCCUGGCUCCGACUUCUACCCUCGACCUAGCCACGCGAUCGAAGACGCAGCGGCGAUGUGGAUCGUCACCGCUAAAGAGGGCAAUCCAGUCGCUCAACGCGAGCUAGCUAUCCUCUACUUGACUCAUCCAGAACGACUUCCUCGGGUCACGCUACCACUGACCUGUCCGCGAGAUACCUUCAAGGCUGAAAUGAUGUAUAUGCGCGGUAAAGAUUCCAAGUCAGACCCACAAAGUAUGUGUUUGGCACUGCACUGGAUGCAGCUAUCAGCAAGUGGAGGAGAUCUCCUUGCUCGCAAUCGUCUCCGUGAGCGAGAGGAGUUUGAUUCUAUUGCCUAA